UCAAUCUCUCUUCCUUUUCACAUUCUUCUUCUUCUUCUUCCGCCCGCGUUUCUCAGUUCUCCAUUUCUCUGUAGCUCCGGUGAACCCUACGAUGUCCUCCGCCGAGAAGGAAAGAGAGACCCAGGUCUACAUGGCCAAGCUCGCCGAACAGGCCGAACGCUACGACGAAAUGGUGGAGUGUAUGAAGAGGGUUGCUAAACUAGAUGUUGAGCUAACCGUCGAGGAAAGAAACUUGCUUUCUGUGGGAUACAAAAAUGUUAUAGGUGCUAGGCGAGCCUCUUGGCGCAUCAUGUCUUCGAUUGAACAGAAGGAAGAGUCCAAAAGCAAUGAGAAUAACGUUAAACUUAUUAAGGGUUACCGUCAGAAGGUGGAGGAGGAGCUUUCCAAGAUCUGCAUCGAUAUUCUGAGUAUUAUUGACAAGCAUCUCAUCCCAUCUUCAACCUCUUCAGAAGCAUCAGUUUUCUAUUAUAAGAUGAAAGGUGAUUAUUAUCGAUAUCUUGCCGAGUUCAAAACAGAUCAAGAUAGAAAGGAGGCAGCUGAUCAGUCAUUGAAGGGAUACGAGACUGCUUCAAGUACUGCAAAUACUGAACUCCCAUCAACCCACCCGAUCCGUCUUGGCCUUGCUCUCAACUUUUCUGUCUUCUACUAUGAGAUUAUGAACUCUCCUGAAAGGGCUUGCCACUUGGCUAAACAAGCUUUUGACGAGGCAAUUGCAGAGUUAGAUACGUUGAGUGAGGAAUCAUACAAGGACAGUACCCUCAUAAUGCAGUUGCUGAGAGACAAUCUCACUCUCUGGACAUCUGAUUUACCAGAAGAUGGAGGUGAAGAGAACUUCAAAGGUGAAGAUUCCAAACCCGCCGCACCAGCCCCCGAGGUAAAAUGAGAUAGCCCCCUCACGCAGCGAUCGGACGGGACAUCACCUUUACUCACCAUGAUGGACUAUGGACCCAAACAAUGGUGGCUUUCGAUUAUAUUAGCUACUUCUUGAUUCAACCAAAACCAGAGAGAUUAAUUAGAAUCGAUUUAUUGAAAUCUUUGUUUCCCCAGUUUUAGUUUCACGGCAUUGGGUUGAACUUUUAAAGUAUUAAUUUGUCAUUUCCUCGUUCGUCCCCUCCCCCCCUCUUUUCUUUCUUUGUGGGAAUUUUCAAGUGUAAACUACGUUGAUCGAAUUUGGGAAAAAAUGGAUGGUUUAGAUUUUUAUGGCAUUGAUGGAGUGCUGUGCUAGACACCUCUUUACGAUGUCAAAUGCUUGCACAUGGGCUUUGAUUGUAGGGUGCCAUUAUUGUCUGUAAUGUAAUUUAGUACAUCUAUCUCAAAUAAUGCGUUAGGCUAUUAUUGGGAGAGGACAAUUUGCUGUUAAAGUCAUAAACUUGAGAUGCUUUCUUCAA